ACAGCGGUGUGUGCGAGGGCUUGGUUGAGAUACUGAACUCUGCUAAAAACCCCAGAAGAAGAGCAAGCAGGACACUUAAGGGCGCCAAACUCUAAAAAAAUGUUCAUUUUUAUAUUUCAUAUCUAUCUACUAGUUAGGUUUAAAAUAUACAAAACAUAUGCUGUUAAGGUUUAAUGUUUGUCUUUAGCCACCUGAUUGAGAGUUUGACCAUCUCUGUGGAUGCUGACGACGCAGAACCAUGCCUCUGUCCACUCAGUCCCAAGCAGACAUUGACCAGUACAUUCUGAUAGCCAGUUUAGAUAACGCAAGAAAUCUGUCCAACAUCCUGAAAGCCAUCUCCUUCAGGGACCAUGCCAUCUUCAAUGCAACGCAGAAUGGGUUAAAAGUCACUGUUGAGGACUCCAAAUGCCUUCAAGCCAAUGCAUUCAUUCAGGCUGACAUCUUUCAAGAAUACAUAAUAAAAGAAGAUACAGUUGGAUUCCAGGUUAACUUGACCGUUCUUCUGGACUGCCUUACUAUCUUUGGGGGAAGCACAGUCCCAGGUGUGUGUACCGCCUUGAGAAUGUGCUACAAUGGCUAUGGAUAUCCACUGACCUUGUUCCUGGAAGAAGGUGGUGUGGUCACCGUAUGCAAGAUUAAUACACAGGAACCGGAAGAGCCCAUAGACUUUGACUUUUGCAGCACAAAUGUAACCAACAAGGUGAUUCUGCAGUCAGACAGUCUCAAAGAGGCUUUCUCUGAGCUUGACAUGACCAGUGAGGUUCUGCAGAUUACUAUGUCACCCAGCCAUCCUUACUUCAGAUUAUCCACAUUCGGGAAUUCUGGAAAUGCUCAUUAUGAUUAUCCCAAAGACUCAGACAUGAUGGAGCUCUUCCAGUGUACUAAAAUCCAGACCAGCAGGUAUAAGAUGUCCCUGUUGAAACCCUCUACAAAGGCCUUGGCUCUGUCCUGUAAAGUCUCAGUGAGAACUGACAGUCGAGGCUUCCUCUCUCUACAGUAUCUCGUGAGGAAUGAUGACGGGCAGAUUUGUUUUGUUGAAUAUUAUUGCUGCCCGGAUGAAGAAGUAGAAGAAGAAUAAGGCUGGCAAGGACAAGUGUGGUUGUUUUGUUUGACAUUUAGUGUGCACUGACCAGUUGGUUCCUUAAUCUGAUUUUGAUUAAUAUGAAUAUUUAAUAAAUAUAUAUAAAUA